AUGUCUGUAUCAUCUACAGUGAAUACAGUAACUGCGAAUGAUGGUACAUGUGUCUGGGAACAAAUUAAAACGGAAAAAACUGAUCAAAAGUUCAGCUUCAAAGUGGAUAGAUAUCCAGAAGUCCAUGGAAUAACCGACGAAACAACGCCUUAUGAAAUAUAUAGUUUAUUUUUCACUAAAGAGUUGAAAGAUUUUGUUAUCCUUCAAUCGAAUAACUAUGGGAAAGUCGCUAUCAAAAACAAGAAAGGCAAACAAGUUUUCAAAAAAAAUCACAGAAACGGAAUUGGAUGCAUUCCUUUCGGUAUCAAUUUCACAAGCCAAUUAUCAAGACACAAAGCGUCCACUUUCUUCUUUGUGGAAAGGACUCGCUUCAAAGCCAAUGUUCACCAGACCCAUCAGCGUUGA